UUGUCCACUUUAUAUUACUUUCUAUAUAUUAUAUAGCAUUGCACGCACACAUCUACAUACACGCAAGCUCCCUCGCUGUCGUUUUGUAUAUAUAUGUAUGUAUAUACGUACAUUCAAUAAGUGCGUGUGCGUGGUGCAAGCUCUAUCUACGAGUUUGAUGUGCGCCAACGAGUUAACGCAGAUAUAUAUUUAUAUUCUGCAUUUGAACUCGCAUACAAACCUAUAGGUAGCUCCUGGUUAUAUAUCAUAUGUUUGCAUACAUUUAUUGAAAUUUAAUAGUCACACAACUGAAAAUCGCUAUAUAUAAUGUAAUUUCGCUCGUCCUGAUAUAAUACAGCGUUUAAUAAUUAAACAUUGUCUGAGGUUUCGAUUAAAACAAGGGAUAAAAUCGAAAUAAAGAUCGAUUAUUACCGGCAGUGUGAAAUUACUGUUGUGAUAGGUUAUAGAGAAAACUUAGAUUUGCAGUAGCACUCUGAGGGGAGAGGGGAGAGAGCGGGAGAAACGCGCGACGGCAAGAAGAGGAGGCGACACAGUGGGACGGCGAGGUUGCGUUCCGUUUCUGCCAGCGGCAGCCACUUCGCAUCGAACCAAGGGGAGAAGUGCGGAGAAAAAAUAUAACACAAAGACGCUGCAUACGCAGAAACUACGAGUGCCGAGUUCAUAUCGUAAGUUCAACUGGUUUGAUUGGAUGAUUUCAGUUAGAAAUGCAACACUUUAAAGAUUGCCAUCUAAAGAUUGAGUUUAUUGAAAGAAAUUUCUGUUAGAAUAAAAAGCAUCAGCACAAACAAAAUCAAAAUGGAAACAACAGAUGGUCCUGCAGCCAUCAGCAUAAAUCCUAGCACCAUAAAAGCAUCCCAAGAAGAAAUGGGAAGGUUGGAUGUAUUAGUUUGUGGACAAUGUCAUUCUGUUUUUCACUUCAUUGAAGAAUUUCAAGAGCAUCGCUCAAAAGAAGGGGCAUGUUCAAAACAAUCUCAUUUCAGAGAAAGUAGCAAUAAUGAACAGAAAGCACAAGUUUGGGCAUUUCUGCUGUGGAAAGAUACACAUAUUCAACAAGAUAGUCCUGAUAAAGAUACCUCAUGGAAUUUGUAUAAAAAAUGGUGCCAAAUGGAGCCACAUGUUAGGGAGUGCUGGAUUGCAGCUGGUAAAACUAUACAAACUUUCACAAAAAUUAGUAACACUAAAAUGACUGACGUACCCAGACAGCAAGGAACUAUUACAACAGAAGGUGGUAGAAGAUUGGUCGUUCACAAACUUAUUCGAAAUGGUCAGCCGGAAAAUUCUGGGAAAAAAGAGAUUAAGCCUGACAUUAAAAUGAAAUUAGAGCCAAUAGAAAAAGGAAAGGUCAAACUAAAACCUUCAAUAAAACCCAAGGCUAAAAAUGAAUCAGGUGAGAAUGCAGAAGAUAGUGAUGACGAUUACAUUGUUGAGAAAAUUCUAGCCAAACGUUUCAAUCCAAAGAAGAAAGUGUAUGAAUAUUUGUUGAAGUGGGAAGGAUAUGCUCAUGAGCAUAAUACUUGGGAAGAGGUUGAAAAUGUUAGUGCAACCUGUAAGCAAUUGAUGGAUGAAUUUGAAAAAAAUCUGGCUAAGCAGAAAGAACUCAAAGCUCUGCAUGUGCAAAAAUCUAUCGCGAAAGCCAAUCAAAUGGGUGUAGGCUUUCAUAAAGAAAUCAAAAGAGAGAAUGUCAAAGCUGGUCCUAGUACAUCCAGUCCAAAAAGGCCGAUGCGUUCCAGUAAAUCAAAAGCCAUGGAUAACGUUAAGAAUUGGGUUGGUGUCAUGAAGAAUGAAGAAGAGCGCGACCUGCUCGGCAAGCGAAAAAUCCCGUUCUCCGACAGCGACUCGGACGAUGGUGAUCUGGCUGGACUGAGAAGUAUGAAGCGCAGCAAAGCGGAUACAAGUGGUGACGACGACUGGACAGCCGAGUCAGAAGAGGACAAAGUUACUAGUGGCCGUAGCGAUGUGAUUCAGAAAGCUUUCAGUCGUGCGCAAAACGGUUCACAAUCUAACAGCAUGUUUGCGAAAAACGUGAAAACUGAGACGAAACCACAGUCUACCGUGUACUUGGUACAUCGCAAGGAUGGCGUAAUCAGGUUGGAUCAAUCACCAACGGACAGUAUUGCUCUUAAGGCAUCUCAGAUCAGUGGUGGAAGUGGCGUACUGAUGGUGCAGAAUCGCGAAGGUAACUUAAUCCGCAAAAGAAUUGUGACAUCUGAUGGUUCUUCGGCCAACUCGAUAACAUGCGAGAAAGUGAUCUCGAAGCCGGACGGCACACAGGUGGUCACGCAGAUGAAAGUCGUGCCGAAAAGCUCGCCGGCCGGUAAGACAUUGGUCGCGGCCAAGAGCGAGCCCAUCAAAAUCAAGCCCAAGCCCGAGCCUAAUCAAGUGCAACAAAUUCAACUAAUUACAGCCGGUUUAGGACUCCAAACCAGUACUCCGAAGGUCGUAACAGCCAUGCGAACCGCUGGCACUGCUGCGAGUCCGCGUACGAGCACUGACGGAGGAGGACGACCGUUGUUGCCAAGACCAGCGGGUGUGCGAGGAGCCACCUCGACGACUUCAAGCCCGAUGGCCAUCGCCCAGACGAGGACGCCGGUGAGAGCACCUUUGCCGAAACAAGGCACGACAGUGGGCGCGCAACAGCGCCAGAUAUUGCAGCAGAAGAAGACUGGCGGAACCUCGACGAUCGUGCAAGUUGCUGCCGCCUCGCCGAAUGCGCUGCCGAGCGUCAGGCCAAAGAUAACGGUGAUGAACGCGCAAGGCCCGCUGAUGCAAAAGAUCGUGUCGCCAGCUGGUAAGCCCAGUCCCAAGGCGGCUGGAGCGACGUCCUCAGUUGCGGCCAGGCCCUUACCCAGCUUGACCACCACGCAGAAAAUUCAGGCGGCCAAGAAGAAAGCCGAGCAAGAGGCUGGUGUUUCAUCAAAAACUGGUGCACGAGGAAACACCACUGCAGCCAGAGCUGGUGCUAGGGCCAAUAAGGCCAAGGUGACCACGGCUGCAGGGGGCAACAAGCCCAAGGAAAGCAAGCUCGCCGUGACAGGGGGCCUGCAUAUGGAGUUUCACCAAGUCGAGUCAGAGGACAGCAGCGAUGGGGGCGAAACUGAGUUCCCGCCACUGCCCGCGGCAGCAGCCCAAUCGGCGUCGGAGCCAGACAGCCCACCAAGGUUGACUUUGUGCCCUUUGACUGGUCGCAUUAUCGGACCGGAUGGCCAGCCCAUCGAGCAGCCUGAACUCGAGCAACCUCAGGCAGCUCCAGCUCCGCAGGUGACGCCUGUAGCAAUUGUACCAGCCUCAACGACAGCGACGAUAAGUCCGGAGGGUAUCAUCACCACAGUAGCUGCCGGUGAGAACUCUGCUGAACUCGUAUUGCCCACCAUGGAAGGCCUGGCCGAAAGUUCGGGUGCUGUGAUGCGCGUGGAAAUGAGCCCAGGUGGCACCACUGGAAUGAUUGUACAGGCGAACGAGAGCACACCGGUCACGUUAGCCAACGUCGUGGUACCUGGACCCGACCUUCCCUGUCUGGAUGAUCCCAAUAUAGAAGUACAAACUACGAGUACCGGCGGGGUAGUUGUCAAUGUAUCAACUAGCGAGGCACCCGCCAGUGUACCGAGUAGCACUGCUACUGAAACGACAGCGGUCGUCGCAACGACUACCACGACAGACGUGACGAUGAGCCAGCCAUUGGAAGUUGUUCCAACUACCACGGAGGUAGCUUUAGCUACAGUUGCGGGUUCUAAUGUGAAACUCGAAAAUCCUGCCACCCAACAGCAUCAACUGGUCACGUUGACCGGCGAAGACGGUGUAGUUUAUCAAGUAGCUGGUCAAGCCGAGAACGGACAGACGCUUUUGGUAGCACAAGGCGCUGAUGGUGAACAACAGUGCGUCUACGUGACCACAGCCGACGCCGGUCAAGGCGAGGAGGGUCAGGUGUUGACUAUCGACCACGCGGUUGCCGAGGCCGUUGCCCAACUCAUACCCGGCUCCGAUCAAGUCAAUCUUGCACAACAGUUCUACGUGAAGGAGGGAGAAACCACAGCGGAGGGUGCCGAAGCUGUUGCUACUCCUGCCGAAGGACAGGUGGUUAUGUCCGUUGUUGACAAUGCUGAUACCGUCGUUGCUGCUGCCCCAGAGGAAGGUGAAGCUCAGGCCCAAGUUGUCGCACAAGUUAUUCAAGCUGAUCCACCGUCUGCAGAUGGUCGAAGACGGGUCGUUCUAUUACUGCCUGACGGCAAUUUGAUGAUGACUGAAGUUGACGAGGAGCAAUAUGCUGCAUUAGAACUCGAUAAGUGAGAUGCUUAAAAAGCUAUCGGUUAAAGUGGAAAACAUUGAGCACAUUACGAGUGUUCGUGUAUUGUGUGUAAAUAAUGGCUUGCAAAUUUGGCGUCGCUUCUGUGAAACAAAUGAAAUACUUUUUAGCCAUAACCAUUACGGUUUUUGUCACGUAACAAUGGCUCUGGAGUACGUGGUGUAAAAAAAAGAAGGAAGAGUAUUUGGGCAAGAUAAUCUAAGUUUCUAUAUUAGAAAAACACAUAUUUUAGUAAUGUUUCAUUAUCAGGCGUUUCACUGACAUUUUAAAUUUUAAAUUCUAUUUAUAAUGAACAGUGCAUUCUAUUAUAAAAAUGAUAGCGCGUCUACACUAAUAAUUAUUACACUUAAUUUAUAUAAGGUUAUUGUACUUUCUAGAAUAAGGAGGUACGAUCUAGGAUUUUAUAUUUUUGAAGAAAAAAUGUAUUAAAGCGCGACUGUAUCAAUUUCCACAUUUCAGUUAUUUUCGUUCACUUCAUGGUUAUUCAAUAUGAUUUGGCAUUAAAAAUUAAACAUUGAAUCUAGUUAAUCUGUUUGAAAGAAACGAAGAGUUUUAAUUAUUUUUUAUUUUAAUUAUUUGUAUAUUCGAAUACAAAUCAAGAUAAUAUCUAUUUUCGUGAUCGACUAUCUCUGAACCGCGUUAAUUAAUGUAAAAACAAGCGGAAUGGAUUGGAGUGCUUUCAAUGUGGAUAAAAUUUACGCGAUUCUGUGGAUUUAUUUGACAAGAAUGAUACUAGAUUGAAAGGUUACAUGAAAUUCGAAAUGGAUAAUAUAUGCCGAUGUAAAUUUUUUGUAGAGAUGAUAGACUAUUUUGAAGUCUAUAAUAUAAAAUCCUAGUGCAUACAUUAGGGAAGUAUAUCUUUUGUAAAUAUCGUCAUCUUAUUUGUUUAUAUAAAGAUUGUUUAGAAAUUAAAAAAAAAACAUGCAUAAAAACGAUUCUUAUGGUUUAAUGCACAAUAAACA